AUGAUAGCUCGAGAAGGUUUUACUUUGACAAAUACAGUGGCUGACAUCAUUGAUAGUAAUGGGGAUUGGCGAUGGCCACAGGCGUGGUUGGAUCUCUUUCCGGUUCUAAUAAAUGUGGCACGGCCUGUCAUCGCUCAAGAUAUGGAGGACAGGUUUGGAUGGAAAAGUUUUGAUGGGAAAAUAGGUCACUUUACUUCUUGGGAGGCAUGGAAUAAUUUCCGGGUUAGGGAGAACAAGGUGGCAUGGGUAAACAUGGUGUGGUAUGGCCAAUGUAUUCCAAGACAUUCGUUCCAUAUUUGGUUGGUGAUAACAAACAAGCUGAAAACUCAAGAUAGAUUGGCGGUGUGGGAAGCGGGGAGUGAGACGAACCUAAUACUUAUGUGUUGUCCUUUAUGUAAGUAUGGUCGAGACUCACGAGAUCAUCUAUUCUUUCAAUGCUGUUUUUCGGCUAAGGUUUGGAACAUUGUCAACAAAAGGGUUGAUAUGGGGAUGGUUAAUGAUACGUGGAGUUCGGUAAUGGCUUGGGUUGAUCAGCAUGCGAACUCAAAGAAGCUGGAGCAUAUUGUGUGCAAGCUUGUUGUAGCGGCUUCUACAUACUUCAUAUGGCAAGAACGUAACAACCGACUGUUUUCAAACCUGCAACGGAGUGAAAAUACGGUAGCACAGCUGAUUCUUGAUAUAGUGCGGCUUCGGAUUAUGGGGUUCAAGGUGAGCGGUGAUGUUAACCAUCGGAAGCUAUUGGAUAGAUGGAAGAUUAAGGAGGAUGACCCGGGUUAA